CGCUCCAGCCGUCUGGCCGUCCCCACCUCGGGCACGCUGCCUGCGCCGUUACCUGGUCCAAUUGCCCGGGAGGCUCCGCCCGUCGGCUCCGCUCUGCGGCCGCGCCUCCGAGCUGUCCGGCAGGCUCAGGAUCCGACACUUCCGUUCCCUGCCACCCAAGCGCCAUGAGGGGCCUUCUUUGCUCGCCACUGCCCAUGUUGCUGUUUCUUCUCCAGCCCUGGGAAACCCAGCUCCAGUUUGCAGGUCCCAGGUGUCGGUCGGGGCCCCUGGAUUUGGUGUUCGUGAUUGACAGUUCGCGCAGCGUGCGCCCCUUUGAGUUCGAGACCAUGCGGCAGUUCCUGGUGGGCCUCCUCCGCGGCCUGGACGUGGGGCCCAAUGCCACGCGCGUCGGCGUGAUCCAGUACUCGAGUCAAGUGCAAAGCGUCUUCCCGCUCGGCGCCUUCUCGCGCCGCGAGGAUAUGGAGCGCGCCAUCCGCGCGCUGGUGCCGCUAGCUCAAGGCACCAUGACAGGGCUGGCAAUCCAGUACGCCAUGAACGUGGCCUUCAGUGUGGCCGAGGGCGCGCGCCCCCCGGAGGCGCGCGUCCCGCGCAUCGCUGUCAUCGUGACCGACGGGCGGCCCCAGGAUCGUGUGGCUGAGGUGGCGGCGCAGGCGCGCGCCCGCGGCAUAGAGAUCUACGCAGUGGGGGUGCAGCGCGCCGACGUGGGCUCCCUGCGGGCCAUGGCGUCUCCCCCGUUGGACGAGCACGUCUUCCUCGUUGAGUCCUUCGAUCUUAUCCAGGAGUUUGGCCUGCAGUUCCAGGGCCGGCUGUGUGGAAAGGACCUGUGUGCUGAGGGGGGACACGGCUGCCAGCACCAAUGUGUCAGCGCCCCAGGCACGUUCCACUGUGCCUGCAACCCUGGCUACCAGCUAGCUGCAGAUAACAAGAGCUGUUUGGUCAUUGACCUGUGCACUCAAGGGACCCAAGACUGUGAGCACCACUGCAUCAGCUCCCCAGGCUCCUAUUUCUGUCGCUGCCGAGCUGGCUUUGUACUCCAGCAGGACCAGAGAAGCUGCAGGGCCAUUGACCACUGCAGCUUUGGGAACCACAGCUGCCAGCACGAGUGUGUUAGCACCUUUGCUGGGCCACGGUGCCACUGCAGAGAGGGCCACGACUUGCUGCCCGAUGGGAAGAGCUGUGAGGCCCGGGACCUUUGCAAUGGUGUAGACCAUGGAUGUGAGUUCCAGUGUGUGAGUGAGGGCCUCUCUUACCACUGUCUGUGCCCUGAGGGCCAGCAACUCCAAGCAGAUGGCAAGAGCUGCAACCGGUGCCGGGAAGGCCACGUGGACCUGGUUCUGCUCGUCGAUGGCUCCAAGAGCGUGCGCCCGCAGAAUUUCGAGCUGGUGAAGCGCUUUGUGAAUCAGAUUGUGGACUUCCUGGACGUGUCCCCCGAGGGCACCCGCGUGGGGCUGGUGCAGUUCUCGAGCCGCGUGCGCACCGAGUUCCCGCUGGGCCGCUACGGCACGGCGGCCGAGGUCAAGCAGGCGGUCCUGGCCGUGGAAUACAUGGAGCGCGGUACCAUGACAGGGCUGGCGCUGCGCCACAUGGUGGAGCACAGCUUCUCCGAGGCGCAAGGCGCACGGCCCCGCACCCUCAACGUGCCUCGCGUGGGCCUGGUCUUCACUGACGGCCGCUCCCAGGAUGACGUCUCGGUGUGGGCCGCGCGCGCCAAGGAGGAAGGCAUUGUCAUGUACGCCGUGGGCGUGGGCAAGGCAGUGGAAGAGGAGCUGCGCCAGAUCGCCUCCGAGCCCGCGGAGCUGCACGUGUCCUACUCUCCCGACUUUGGCACCAUGACGCACCUGCUGGAGGACCUCCGAGGCAGCAUCUGCCCGGAGGAGGGCAUCGGCCCAGGUACAGAGCUUCGGAGCCCGUGCGAAUGCGAAAGCCUCGUGGAGUUCCAGGGCCGCACGCUGGGGGCGCUCGAGAGGCUGACGCAGAACCUGGCCCAGCUGACGGCGCGCCUGGAGGAUCUGGAGAACCAGCUGGCCACCCAGAAGUGAGGGCCGCUGGGACCGGGAGCCGGGCAGGGGCGCGGCCCCGUGGACUGUGCCCUCGGGGCGCUGUCGGGGCGCCGGGGCCUUGGGCUGUCGGGGAGGGCGCGCUGGCGGGCUCCCAGCGCUGCGCUCGAGCUGGCCUCGCCUGGACCAGAAGCCGACUGCGGGGUGACCGAGGGGCGCGCUAGGUCCGCACGCCCUCGCUGCGUGCUGCGCUCAGUUCUUUGUUGGAUUUCCUUUUUGUUUUCAUUUUCUUAAAAAAAUUUUUUUUCUUUUUUUUGGUUUCCACGGGGUCGGUUUGUGGGUCUUGCUGUGCCGCCACGGGGAGGGGAGGCCAGACGCCGGGCGCUCCCGAGGCGCCCGGACGGCGGCUCCUCCGAGAAAGGCGCAUUGUGCGGGCGUCGGGCUGGGGGGCAGGGGGCCGGGCGCUGCUUUCCCCCCUUGUUUAUUCAGCCGCGAACAGACGGCUCCUUAUGCGGGCUGCGGGAAGGGAGGGGGCUCAGCGCGAACCCUCGGGGUUUGAGCAAGACUGCGCCCCUCCAUCCCCCGGAGGAUGUAGCGCUUCGCUCUCUGGCCGUGCCUAUCUCGUGGUGCCCCCCAGAUCGGGCUGAAAAGCUGCUAGAACUGGGUCAGGGAGUUGGUGAGGAAGGGGGAGACGGUCAUGAACCCCUAAAUGGACGGGGUGGGGGCGGAUAGGUGAGUGUCGCCUGGAUUUUAUGUCCCUCCUGCGCUAUGAAGGAGGAAGAAGAGGUCAGGCUUUGUGGCCAGCGCUGCCGCUCAGGCUGUGACCCACCCUCUUCACCACCACCGCCCCCCCCCCCCGCACCCUCCGAAACAAAAACAAAAGCAAAAGCCAGCCCCUCUAUCAGGAAAGAGCCCAAGUGCAUGUAAGAAAUUGCUAAGAUUAAAAUACUCAAUUUCUCCAGGUUUUGGCCAAUUACUCUGGGUUUGUUUCCUUAUCUGUAAAAUGGGAAUUGAAACUGUUACCCCCAAGUGUGAUGGUGAGAAUGGAGAAAGUUAUUCCAAGGCAUCUGAACUGUGCCUGGUACUUAUUAGGCCCUCAAUGAACGGUAGCUAUUAAUCUUAUAAUAAUAGUUAACAUAUUUUGUCUUGGGCGUUACUCCAAGUGAUUUGCAAAUGUUUUCAUUUUAUCCUCAGACAACCUUAUGAGGUAGGAAUGAUUGCCUUUCUCAUCCCCAUUUUACAGGGAGGAAACUGAGGCAAAGAGAGGUGAAGUAAGUGUCCCAAGGUCGCAGAACUAGUAAGAAGCAGAACCAGGGUAUGUUAGUUUCCUAUGGCUGCUGGGACAAAAUUGUCACAAAUUCAGUGGCUUUACACGACACACAUUCAUUACCUUGUAGUUCUGGAGGUCAGAAGUCCAACAAAAGGGGCUGGCAGGGUUGCACUACUUCCGAAAGCUUCUGUCUUCUUGCCUUUUCCAGCUCCUAGAGCCUACCCAAUUUCCUUGGUUUGUGGCCUGGUGUCACCUCCACCUCUCCUUCUGGCGUCACACCUCCUUCUGUGACUCUGACCCUCCUGUCUUCGCUUUACAAGGAUGCUUGUGAUUAUACUGGGCUGACCCAGAUAAUCCACGCUAAUCUCCCCAUCUCAAUCUCUGACUUCAUCACAGCUGCAAAAUCCCUUUGCCACGUAAGGUGACAUAUUCACAUGUUCCAGAGAUUAGAGUGUGGACCUCUUUGGGGGGGGGGGCAUUAUUCUGCCGACACACGGGUCUGAAGCCCCACAGCCUGACCUCAGAGCAGACCUCUGAAGCAUGUCUACGCCUGGCACCUUGCUAGGCUUGAAGAGGGAGAAACAUAAGUGAGAAAAGCCCAUGGCAGGGGAGGUGGGCGGGUAGCUCAGGGCUGAGGGGGUGAGGUGCACCUGACUAUUGCUGGAGCAGAAGGAGGGACCUUCAGGUGUGGAACAGGUGGGUAAGGGCAGGUAAGCAGGGAGAGGUCCUGGAGGAGGAGCCCAGGAGCCCAGACCUAGUCCAUGGCUGGAGUUCCUGCUGGGCAUGAAUGUGUGUGGUCAGGAGUGACUGGAGUAUGGGGGAGCAGGGUGACAGAUCUUCCCCACACAGGAACGGCAGGUGAGCUGAAGUGCUAAGCAAGGUGCCUGGCAUGUUACCUCAUCGGCACACCAGGUGUAGAGGGCAGAAUUGCCUGCCCGGGGUCACGCAGUGAAAGAACCCCAGCCGGGUGAGGCAGCGGCCUGGGGAGUUUGAUUAGGAGCGAGUCCUCAACUGAUGAGGGGAGCACUGAGGGCAAAGAGCGGCUCCCUCCUUCCCUCCUGCCCAGAACCGGCCAGCACCGCCUUCUCUGGCUUUUCCUUCCUCGCCAGCUCUUUCCUCCUGCAGUCUCCCUAGGGGCCACUGGAUGGCGCCCGGAGCACUGACUUGGAGUUGGGUCCCAGAGCGCUAACAGGCUCUUGGCACCUGGCGCUUGGUCUGAUGAACCAGGUCUGCUCUUCUCCGUAAGAUCCUCCUUUCCUCUGAGACCCCUUCCCCACUCUGGGAGACCCACAACCCGAGCGUAGAAGCUGCUUCUGUUCCUUAGGCAUUGGCCAUACACUCCUGGAUUUGUAGAGCAGCCCUGCUCCUCCCCAGCUGUGUGUCCGGUGUUGACAGCUGCUGGUUGCCUUGUCCAUCUCCCAACUUGCCCCCCCACUCAUUUCCCUUUCUUUGUAUCCCCUUUAUCCGUUGGAUAAGAAAGAAUGUCCCACAGAUGGAGAGCUAGCCCUCGCUUCUUUGUUUGCCCCCUCCUCCUUCAAAGGAUAGAAGACUUAAAAAAGGCUCAUCGGUUCAGCAAAACAAAUAUCCAUUAACCCAAGAACAGAAAAUCAGAAUCUAAGUAACAGUGGAGGAAGAGCAACACGGCCAAGCAAACUUAGGAGCCCGAACAGACACGGGUCUUCAGGAGAGGAGCCCAAACAGACACGGGUCUUCAGGAGAGGAGCCCGAACAGACACGGGUCUUCCUUGAGUUCAGACAAGCAGGGAGGUUAUGUGGCUCUCAGAAUCUGGUCAGUCUGGCCACAGGGCAAUUAUGUUUUGGGGGACUCUUGAGCCCAGGUGUCCUGGAGGGAACUCAGAGCCCAUAGCCCUCUUGGUUCCCUGCAGAUUUGAAUAUUUAAAAAGGACAGUAUCUUCUGCAGUGCUUGACCGAGAGGUCACUCAUGGAGCUGUUUCUUAUCCUUGGUAACAUGCACUAGACCUGGUCUCAGAUGGAAAAGCCAAGGGCAGGAAGGGCUGCAGCCUCAGUUAGUCCUUCUGAACCCUUUCUGAAUUCCACCCCUCUCUGUUUCUCCGUGAUUUUUGGCAUUUUUAUCUUUCUAUUCUAGCUCAAAGCUCUUCUCAGUUUCUCUGGUUGACAGAGUUGCUCUCUUCAAGGGUUAUCUACUCUUCUGGGUCUUUGGACCCCAGAUAGCGAGAAAAGGGAAAGAAGAGAAUUAUCAAUCACAAAACAUCUACAGUGUGCCAGGGACCAUGCUAUGCCUUGCACCUGCACCAUCUUGUUUAAAUCCCUCAACCUACAGGAGGGAAAACAGUUUCGAAGAGUCCAGUUGUCAAGUUCACAGAGCUUCAGAGCUAGGAUUGGAACCCCGGUGUCCCUGAUCCCAGAGUAUGCCCCACUCACAUUUCUACCUUUCAAGUCAUCGGGGACAAAGCUGAACUUUUUCAAGUAAACUUUUACUGGGAAACUUACAAGGCAGGCCAAAGCAAAGCCCAAGGUAUGGAAGGGAGGAGGGGGUGGGAUGGUGGUUCUCUGUUGAGGGGUAUCUCAGGCACAUUUAAAACUCCCAGGUCGGUGAGUCACUGUUCUUUCUGCUCUUCGCCCUGCCCUGGGCAGCCCCUCUCUACCUGCUCCCAUGCCCUGCUCUGCCUUUCCCAGGUCCAGGGAGAGUCUUUUUCCUGAAGUGAAUAAAACCUUCCGCGGCUCCCCUGGGACUCCCCCCCCGCCCCCACCAGGGGGCACAAGGCAGGUGAAGUUCUCCCCUGCGGCUGAGCUGGGCGUGGGGAGUCGUGGAGGGAACUGGCAGAGGAAGAUACCAGUGCCAUCACACAACACUCGGAGGACAGUCAGGUCCCUUUCCUCCCAGAUGGACAAGAGAGUCUCAGGGUGGCCUCUGUCCUCUGAUAGAGGACAACUAAUCCUAAUCUUGGCAGGUGUUCAAAAAAUACCUUCCCAGUGAGUAUUUCUUGAAUGUCUAGUUCAGAGAUAUGUUAGCUAUUAUACUAAACACUGGGGAUGCAGUGGUAAAAAAGAGGAUCGUACUCCUUGUCUUCAAUUUAUGUUCUAGGAGGGGAAGGCAGACAACAAAUAAGUAAACGAAUAAAGGUUCAAAUAGUGAUAAAUACUAAGAAGAUAAUAAAAUGUACGAGCAGUGCUGUCCAGUAGAAUUUCCGUGAAAUGUUCUAUAUCUGCAUUGUCCAGUGCUCGCUUCAGCAGCAUGUAUGUAUCUGCAUUGUCCAAUAUUAGUAGCCAGCGUGUGGCUACUGAGCACUUGAAAUGUGGCUCGUGUGGCCGAGGAACUGAAUUUUAAAUAUUGUCCUAAUUAAUUUGUUAAUUAAUUAAUUACACAUUAAACAGCCCCCUGUGG